AUGCUACAGGAAGACACUGGGUGUCCGCAGGUCCUAACAGACAAAGUCCAGACAACUGGGCUGUUCCUACCUUAUCCAAGGGACUGGUUCCUCACCGUCGCCCGGGACCGGUUUCACACCAUCGCCCGCAACUGCUUCUCCGCUAUUCGAGUGCGUUGCACCAUUGUGCCUUCCAGGGUUGCUCACACUGCGUCUCCGCUGAGGCCCCCGGUGAAGUCACUGCCCGUGAACUACGACCUCACCAAGAACUACCUGGACCUGGUGGUGACCUACACGUCUGUCAUCCUGUUGCUGUCACGUAUCGAGGACCGCAAAGCCCUGAUUGGGAUGUACAACUGUGCCCAUGAGAUGAUCCAGGGCAGCGGCGACCCCUGCUACGCUCGGCUGGCCCAGAUGGUGCUGGAGUAUGACACCCCACUCAAGGAACUCACAGAGGAGUUCAGGCCUCACACCAAGGCUGUCACCAGUGCACUUCUGUCUCUCCAUUUCCUCUUUGUCCGGAGGAACCAGUCAGCCGAGCAGUGGCGCAGCGACCAGCUCCUGAGCCUGAUCAGCAACUCGGCCACCAUGCUGAGCCUGGCCAGCUCGGAUGUUACGGCCUGCGAGUACCUGUCACUAGAGGUGAUCGAGCGCUGGAUACUGAUUAGCUUCCUCCUGUGCCACGGCUGCCUGAGCUCGAACCCGCAGUGCCUGGAGCUGUGGAAGCUGGGCCUGCAGGGCUCGCCCUACAUCAGCCUCAUCCACGACAAUGCCCUGCAGCUCCACAAGGUCACCGAGGAGUUCUUCGGCCGUCUGAAAGGGUACGGGAAGCCGGCGACUGAUGUCAAGGAGUGCAAGGAGCACGCUGUGACACACAGUGGCCAGUUGCACCGGAACCUGCGGGCUUUCCUACGCAACGCAGUGCGGGAGCUGGAGGUGCUGCUGAGCCACCAGCCGGGGCUGCUGGGCCCUAAGGCUCUCUGCGUCUUCGUGGCGCUCUCCUUGUGCCGCGACGAGGUGAACUGGCUGGUGCGUCAUGCUGAGCAUGUCACCGAGACCCCUGAGGACUACGCUGCCAGUCACAUCGCCAAGCUGCUGUUCCUCAUGGAGCAGCUGCGUACCCUGGUGCACAGGCAUGGCCCAGUGAUCCAGCGCUACCACAUCCAGUACCUGGCUCGCUUCGACGCCCUGCUGCUCAGCGAUAUCAUCCAGAAUCUGACCGUCUGCCCUGAGGAGGAGUCCAUCGUCAUGUCAUCCUUCGUCAGCACCCUGUCAUCUCUCGCCUUGAAACAAGCUACGCAGCUGGUUCUCUUUCCUGCAGUGGACAAAAAGGAGAAGUUCGACUUCUCAGGGCUUUGCCUGGACUAGCUCCGGCUGCAGGCUUACAGCAGUGUGGCCAAGGCCCCCAUGCAGCUGCGCGAGAGCCCGGACAUGGGCCGUGUGAUGAACCUCAUCAUGUUCCACUCCAAAAUGCUGGACUCACUGGAGGAGUUGGUAGUGGAGACUUCGGACCUGUCGGCCUUCUGUUUCUACAUCCGUCCCUUCGAGAAGCUGUUUAUUCUGACCAUGGAGGAGCCGGCUAUGCUGCGCUUCACCAUCGUCUUCCCGCUCGUCUGCAGCCACUUUGCCCGCUGCACCCACCCCAUGUGUCCAGAGGAGUAUCCCCACCUGAAGGGCUGCAGCCUGGGUCUAUGCAACAGCUUCCUGGAAGAGAUCGCCAAGCAGGCUGCCAACUGCGUCAUGGGCACAUGUGCCGAGCAGCGCAAACUCAGUGAGCAGCUGCUGCCCAAACACUGCGCCUCCACCAUCAGCAAGGCCCAGAACAAGAAGGCCCAGAAGCAGCCCCCCAAGAAGGGGGAGCCGGAGCGGGACAAGCCAGGGGCUGAGAGCCAGAGGAAGGACCGGAUCAUGGUGAGCAACAUGGACAAGCUGCACCAGGGGCUGGGCGAGCUCUCCCUGAGCAUCAACCACGUCCCCAGCUUCACCGUGUUCGAGCACAUGGUCACACCGUCCGAAUACCUCAGCAGCCACCUGGAGACGCAGCUCAACAGAUCCUUCGUGUGGAUGGCCAGCUACAACCAGGCUACGCAGGAGAUUGCGUGGCCCUCUGAGGUGCUGGCUGGCCUGCGCUCCUACCUUGCCUUCAUCCAGUCACUGGGGCAGUUCACGUGCGUGGACUCCAGCUGCAUCAUCCACAAUGUCCUGCUUCAGCAGACACAACCCCUGGACUCAAGCAGGGAGCAGACCCUCACCACCAUCUACACCAACUGGUACCUGGAGGUGCUGCUGCGCCAGGCCAGCACUGGGGCCAUUGUGCUGUCCCCAGCCAUGCAGGCCUUCAUCAGUGUCCCCAGGGAGUGGGAGCAGAGUUUCAGUGCAGAGGAGUUUUCAGACAUCUCAGAGAUGCGGGCGCUGGCCGAGCCUGGUCCCUAUGGCAUGAAGUUCCUGAGCGACAACCUCAUGUGGCACGUCACCUCGCAGGUGGUGGAGCUGAAGAAGUUGGUGAGUGAGAACAUGGACGUGCUGGUGCAGAUCCGCUCCAACUUCUACAAACCAGAGCAGAUGGUAUCACUGCUGCCCAGGCUGACGUCUGCUGACGAUGUGCUGAAAAGAAUGACCAUCAUCGGGGAGAUCCUGAGCUUCCGCUCCAUGGCACAGAGUGGGCUGCUGAGGUCUUCUCCAACCGCUGCCCGUUCCUGACGGGCCCUAUCGAGUGGCUGAAGGACUUC